AUGGAGUCCAUGGAGAGCUGGGUGCAGGACACGUUCGCGCCUGUGGUGCUCACGUGCUCCACGUCCGAGGCGGAGCGCAUCGCGCAGAAGAACAACCUGUCCAUCUCCGACCUGCUGAACGGCUUCGCGCGCCUGGAGGACGCCGACACGCCGCUGCGCUCCGUGACGCACCCGAUCCAGCUCGCGCGCUUCAACUUCCGCUUCCUCUCGGCCAGCCAGUUCCACUCGCUGGGGCUCAACGAAGGCACCGAGCAGCUCAACGCCAGCAUCAAGCGCUACCCGCCGCCGCACAACGCCGCGUCCGCAGUGGAGCUGGACAUCCCGCGCGUCACCAGCGUCGAUGACGUCCCCACGUACCUCCGCGUUGUUGGGGCUGACGCCGACGCGGAAGGCAGUAACGACCCCAUGCCCUGGUACCGCUCCUUCAAGCACACGCUCAUGGACACGUUCCGCUGUGAAGAGUACAGUCUGCUGUGCCAUCCAGUGGCCAUGCUGGUGGUCGUGAGCUCCACGGACCCGAACCCGCGCCACAGCUUCGAGGAACUCACGGCGCCCAAGAACCUCCCGGCGCCGUUCCAGCAAGGACUGUACGAUGCCAUGCUCGUGCCCAAGUUCUACGUGGUGGUGCACGAUGUGCUGGAGACGGAGGGCACGUCUAUCGACCCGGACGCGAUCUUGCGCAGUAUGAACAUUACCACGGUAAAUGGAGCGGUGCUGAGGAUCAAUUCGUUGCCCGUGGAGGAAGCCCCCCCGCCCUCGCAAUUCGCGACGCUGUGGACGGAGAACCCGUACGUGAGACCGCCCCUGUUCCCGCAUGAAAUGGAGACGUUCCCGCAGGUGAGUGAUGGAGUGGGCACCUUGUUGUCCAGAGAUGAUGUGGCACAGAUCAAGGCGUUCGUUCGGGAUUUCGGACUGCGGUUCAUGCUGUCCUCGCUUGAGGGGCGGAUUUUCCAGCUGAACGAGGUGGUGUCGGCGAUGAAGAAGGGCGUGAAGAAUGUGUUCAAGUCGUGGCUGCGCAAGCCGAAGGACUUGCGUCCGUCAAAUGCUGCUGCUUCGGGAGGGGUUACGUACAAAUGCGACUCGAUUGAGUCGCAGACGCGUCUGCUGGCGGACACGGCGUUCCUGGUGAGAGACUACGAGCUCGCGCUGCAAAUGUAUCGGUUGGUUCGUGACGACUUCAAGUCGGACAAGUCGGUGUUCCACUGCGCAAACGUCAACGAGAUGAUUGCGAUCUGCUUGCUUCUGACAAAGGGGUCGCCUAUGCAAAUGACGAAUGUUCUGGACUCGGCAAAUGCUAUCUACGCCAAGGCGCCGUCUGCGUUGACUCAGAGACUGGCUAUCCGCACUGCGGUUAUCGCAGGUGAGAUCUACCACGCCUUGAGUAAGUCUGGUUUGUUCACAGACUACAUGGAUAACGCGUCUGCUGCUCUGAUUCGGGGAUCAACCAUGGAACAGGGCAUCUGUGCCGCAGUUCUCAUGGAGCGUGCAGCUCUCUGUGACCUUCGAGCACGACAGCCAAAAUUCCGCAAGUACGGUUUCCGAAUGGUGAUGGCUGGGCACGUGUACGAUUCGCUUGGACAUGAGCAGCACUCUGCCAGGUGCUACUCUUUGGCACGAGCUAUCUAUGACUGCAGCGGCUGGUUUCUCGUCGAAGAUCACAUCAACUUUAUGCUGGCACAACAAGCCAAUAAGCUGGAUGAUCGCAUGGCCUCUAUUAACCUCUUUCUCAAGCUCAUCGGCACUGGCCGCAACUCGGCAAGUCAACAAGAGGCGAUGCUGUACGAUUUUGGUCUGAUGGUCAAGGAUUUCCUCGCAACGGAUUGCGCUGAUGCAUCCCCGUCCUCAUUUUCUCGGGGUGGACCCGUUUUGAUCAAAAACGAAGAUAGUAGCGCUAAGAAACUUCUGGUGAGAGACUUGUGCAUGCCUGAGCUGGAUGACAAGUCAACAGUUGUGUUCGCGUCGACCAAUGCGUUUGGCAUUGACCGUUCUAUUGACGGCAAUCACUCGGAAGAGGAGACGUGGCAAGCACUGGGUGAGCAUAUUGACAAGCAGAAUCGUCUGCAUCAGUACGUUACGUCGGCUGGAGCGGACGAAGCAAAAAGUUGGUUUGCGCCUUCGCACCUGUAUGCCGGAUAUCGCAACAAGAAGAACGCUGCGAUCCAAAAACCCGAAAACUACGUUUUGGGGGAACAGAUCUAUGUUGAGUUUGUGAUGAAGAACGCACUCUCGUGUGCUGUUGAUGUUGAAGAUAUCCAUUUGUUCGGGAAGUUUGAAAUCGUGGGGGACGACAUGGAGACAUUUGAUGUGCCAGAGAACCGAGAUUCUGGCGAUCAGCGAAUUGUUAUUGACAGUGUGAACCUUCAGCUAUUGCCAUGCAGCGAGGAGCGGGUCCGUCUUGCAGUCUGCCCAAAGAUUCGAGGGAAACUAAGUUUGACGGGCGUCCGCUGGUCGAUAUGCGGCGGAGACGUCCAGGGUGAACACGCAUUUGAUAUUCCUGGUCCUCUACUGCAAGAUACAAGAGCACACCGAGAAGCUAGAGCUCGUGCGCCGAACAUGAGUUUAAUCGCCAAUGUCGUUGAAUCUAUGCCGUGGCUUGGUGUUAAAGUCGAAGGUGUUCCAGCUGAGGCCUAUGUUGGUGAGCUUAUCAAGCUGAAGAUUUCGCUGGCCAACUCAGGAACCGCAGCGCUUGCUGGCCUCCAGAUUUGUUGUACAGAUUUGUUGCUGUGCGCAUCGGGAACGGACAGUGCAGGAGAGCUAUGCGGGUACAUUGGAGCGAGUGGUCACGUUGUGGAUUUGAGUGACGUGGUUCUCGCUCCGGGAGAAAGCAAAGAACUGACAGUCUGGGCACGAGGAUCAGUUCCUGGACGACGUCAUUCGGCCCUCUUAUUCAAGUACAAGUCGUCGCAGACAGAAGGAGAAACUCAUACCAAGUCUCUUUCGCGCACAGUUAAAAUACGGCUGGAUCUGGAUUUGCUGCCGUGCGUCGACGUGUCGUACUCCAUCGAGCCAAGCUUCAGCACCAGUGGUGAAUACAUUCUCGGUAUUACCGUUUCAAACCAACGUGGCGACCACCACGAGAUGACUGGACCACAGGCUGACGUAGUCCGUUUAGAGGAACUUCUGUGCGUAAGCAAUUCGUGGGCAGUUGAGAAACUACCAAGGCCGUCGGUACAGAAUGCCUUGAAUGUGCGAGAUUCACUGCAUCUUGGGUUUUUCGAGGCGAGCACCAGCUACUUCCGCGUGGUUCGUCAACUCGAUUCAGAGACAACUGAUAUGUGCAAGCUGCCGCUUAACUCAGAGCAAUGCACUGCAGAGUUAUCCGCGACUUUGCCUGUCGAGCAGUUUCUGUGCCUCGAAAAUGCAACGGAGCUCGUUCGCGUAGGGGGCGCUGGAGCUGGUGAUGGUAGCGAAGGAAAGCGCGGUGGUGGCUUCCGUACAAUUCAAAGUGUGAGACGUGAGAACAAGGCGCUGAAAAAUGCUGCUGGCGAAGAUGUUAAUGACCAUAAACCCCAACAGGAACCACAACCGACGUCGAAAGAUGCUUUGCUAUCCCAUUCGGACACGGAUGGACAUCUGGUGCUAGUGUGGUCUACCGACUGUAGCUCGUCAUACAGCGAGAAGGUUGCUGGGGUAGCUCCUCAUCGGGCUAUCGGUCAGACUAACUUGACAUCAGUCAAAAUCCGCCCACCUGCUCAAGAGAAUUCGUGCCCGUUAACUGUGACCCUCAGCUACGACGACUCGGUUGAGCUGCAAGGUUCCACGUACCCUGGAUCUACGUCAGGGCUCAACAUCGCCGAGCUAGACAUCAUGAUGCAGGUAUGCAAUGACUCGGCGCCUAGCUCAGCGCCGCUCGAUGUUACUGUGGAGAUGUUGCAUCCAGAAGAAGCUCAAGCUUCACUGCCCAGUACUGCCGCAUUGACCAAGCUGCACUCGAUUUCGUACUCUGGGGCUUCUCCACUUCACGGUGCGCCUCCGCGCUUCUUCUGGACGGGAGUCACCAAGAAGAAGGUGACGCGCUUUGCGCCAAACAGCCGGGUCGCGAUCAACUUGAAGGCAUGCUUCAUGGCGCCGGGCGUCUACAAUUUGAACCGCUUCCGGUUUGUGGUGCAGUCAGCAGCGUCCAACGGCCAACCACCUGAUGUGUUCAUGCUCCCCGCCGAUUACCUUGUGUAUGUGAAGAGCCCGGGAGCAUCGUUGGGGUCUGAAGUCAAGCAAACAAUCAGCGAACUGCUUGUCCCGGUGCCGUAG